UUAACUGUUCACCGUUUUGGUUCCGACUUCCGGUUGCGAAAGACGGCCGGCCACAUUUUGCCAUUUUGUUGAUACUUGUACAUAUUUUUGACGAAUCAAAAUGGGGAUCCUUGAAAAAAUAUCAGAAAUUGAAGCUGAGAUGGCUCGUACACAGAAGAAUAAGGCUACAAUGGGUCAUCUUGGUCUUCUGAAGGCGCGUCUUGCCAAGUUAAAACGUGAACUGAUUGAACCAAAGGGUGGAGGUGGCGGCGGUGGUGAAGGUUUUGAUGUGGCAAAAACAGGAGAUGCUAGAAUUGGUUUUGUUGGUUUUCCGUCAGUUGGAAAGUCAACAUUAUUGAGUAAUUUGGCUGGCGUAUAUUCUGAGGUGGCAGCCUAUGAGUUCACUACCCUUACUACAGUGCCAGGGGUCAUUAGGUAUAAGGGGGCUAAAAUACAGCUGUUGGAUUUACCUGGUAUUAUUGAAGGAGCCAAGGACGGCAAGGGUCGUGGAAAACAAGUCAUUGCAGUGGCUCGAACUUGCAACAUCAUUUUUAUAGUUCUGGAUGUAUUGAAACCCUUACAGCAUAAACGUCUUAUUGAAUAUGAAUUGGAAGGGUUUGGUAUACGACUGAACAGAGACCCUCCAAAUAUUGGCUUCAAGAAAAAGGAUAAGGGUGGACUCAAUCUUACAUAUACGGUAGCACAGUCUGAGCUGGAUCAUGACUUGGUGAAAACGAUUUUAGCAGAGUAUAAAAUUCACAAUGCUGAUAUUACAUUGAGAGGUGACUACACGACGGAAGACCUUAUAGAUGUGAUUGAAGGGAAUAGAAUCUUCAUACCAGCAAUAUAUCUACUUAACAAGAUAGACCAGAUUUCUAUAGAGGAGCUGGAUAUUAUAUAUAAGGUACCUCACUGUGUUCCUAUCUCAGCUCACCAUAAAUGGAACUUUGAUGAUUUACUAGAAAUGAUGUGGGAUUACCUUAAACUGUGUAGAAUCUACACAAAACCAAAAGGCCAGUUACCUGACUACACAGCACCAAUAGUACUGAAAAACGAUAAAAGUUCUGUGGAAGAUUUCUGUAAUAAAGUACACAGGACCAUCCUCAAGGAAUUCAAAUAUGCGCUUGUUUGGGGAUCAUCAGUGAAACAUCAGCCACAGAAAGUAGGCAAGGAACACAUUCUAAGUGAUGAAGACGUGGUACAGAUUGUGAAAAAGAUUUGAUCAUACCAGGAAUUAAAGUUAUUGGACAAUUGUGUUUAUAGACAUCAGGAAUAACUUACAUUGGAUGUGUGUCUGCAUGAGGAACAGUAUAGAUGACAGUGUGAGUGACAGUACAGCAUAUACAAUUAUUUGUGUGGUUUUGUUUUGGACAAGUUCCGCUGCAUGCCUGCAUAUGACAGUGUUAUUGUGAAAAUGAUGCUUUGGAUUAAUUCACAGGGAGAGUGGAGACUUGUGAUGUCAUACAAGAACUGUUACAACCUGAUUUAUGACGAUACUACCCAAAUAUAUUUUUGUGCGGAGCUUUGGUGUAGCGGUUAAGGUGUUGUUAGCUCAGCCAGGGUUUGUGGGUUCAAGCCCCACUUGGGUCACAUCAGUUCCUUUUCUAAUGACACCAGUACUGGAUUUUCAAGGAAGCCAACUCCAGAAUGGUUCCAGCAAGCUUGAAACUUUCAUCACAGUCAAGUUAAAAUAAAUUAAUAUAAACUAAACUAAGUAUGUUUUCAGUUUGCAUGGGUUACCUAAAUAUACAUACAGUCUGUGACAUUCAAUGGUGCAUAUCACCAUGCCACACGUUUUAAGAUUAUUGAAAUAUUUCAUUCCUAUGAUCAGUAAUUGUAACUGAAGAGUCUAAAUUGAGUGAUUCACUGAGUUCCAAAUUUAUUUACUCUCAUUUAGUCUAUUUAGAAAACUUCCUUGUUCAGUCACACAAUAGAAUGUGGUAUAAAAUUGUAGGAAUUAAAAUCGCUUCAUAUCUUUCCAUGUAAAAUCAACUUAAGACAGUAUUGAUCUAUUAUUCACUGCUAUUUUUGUCUUCCUGUCAGUGAUUUACAUUUGAACCACAUGACUGUCCAAUAUAUAUCUCUUCUGGAUACAGUAUGUUUCAUACUGGACAAUGCCGCAACUCUGAAUCAAAUCUUGAUGGUUAAAUGGAAAAACCGUAACCACAUUAACCCUUAUCAUGCUGGACACGAUUGAUUCUGCCUUUGCGACCAGUGUAGAUCAUGAUCAUCCUCUACAUCCGUGCAGUCUGAUCAUGGUCUGCACUGUUUGCCAUUCAGUCAGUAUCGUUUUUGGUAAGCACCCCUUUUAACAGUUAAUGGUACUGUCCAGAUGGAAAGAUGGACAAGUUUAUUAUAGAAAUUUAGCAAGGUAAGGGUUAAUUAGCUGAAUAUGGUAAAAAAAUUUGGAACAACCCGCUCUUUUGAAAUUAAAAAGUGAAACAAUAUAUAAUGAUAAAUUUUUCAUGUCCUUAGUUUUUCCUCAUGUAUUAGAAUGUGGAUCAGAUUCUACAGACAAAUGUUUAAACUUGCAAAUGGAGACUAAACCCUAGCUUCUUAUUUUAUAAGUACAAAGUUUUCCGUCACAGUUUAGAAUAUUAAUAUAUUUGUUUUCUGUUUGAAAAUUCUCAUAUUUUGGGGAGAGUUUUACAGGUAUAGUGAUGAGGAAUGGGUAUUUUUUGGCCAAACUUGGCAAAAAAUGUAUGAGAUGGGAUGGUUGUGCUGGAGAAUAUUGGUCAUAGCCUACUCAAGCCUGUAUGCUAUAAUGCUGCAUGCUUGUAUCAUACCUGUUUAGUUGAUUUCAUUGAAGAAAAUAAAUAGAAAGUCAG